ACGAUCCUUUGCUGCAAACUUUUGCAGCGACGAAUAGUGACUGAUGAUCUGAUUUUCACGGCUGUGUCCGUCCGCGAUUGCUAUAAACUUGAAACCAGGGCAAGAUACGCCAGAACACACGCUGCCUUCAGCUGCAGAGAAUAAGCGACUGAUCGUCUAUAAUAACGGGUUUACUCAGUGAGAUUGCCGCUUCAAGUUGGAUCGCAGCGCCCUUCAAGUUCAUCAUGAAACCUAGCUCUCGAAACACUCGUUUCUGUAAUGCAGGCGCAGCUUUUCUUGACGCAAAUGGGGCAUUUGCUAAACAAGGCCACCUGACGUCUCUGCUUGGAGAGCUUGAUGAGAUUGCGAACGAGCUGGCAACAGAUGAAGAUCUUAGACAGAGCAUGGGCGUAGAGCAACCUUCAAUAUGGUCUAUAUCAGAUCGACUGUGGACAUUCAUAGCAUCAAACCUGUCAACUGAUGAAUACGAAGCCAAUAUGUUAUGCCUGAUACCGAGCACAGCAAGGUUUACCAGGAAUCUUGUAGCUGGGGUCCCGCAUAAUCAACAAAAAGCAUACCAGGCUGAACCGCAAAUCAGAAGUUCAAUCCAUAGAUACACAUCAUGGGCUGCGAUACAGGAGGUCAAAACUUUUCCUGUGACUCGAAUACUAGUGCAAGCGCUCUCCAACAUAGUAACUGGCAACGAGGAACUUAUAACCACUUUCUGGAACUGCUACACGAAUCUUCCGGAAGAACAGGGUAUCCUCACGCGAUUGAUCGCCUCUCCUGAUCCACGGACUGUUCUAUACACUUUGGUGCUCAUAGUGAACUGUAUACACGAAAAUAAACAGAGAUCUGUCAAAUUUACUGACACGUCGGUCGGUGCACGAAUAUGUAUAUCCCUACUAGACCGUAUGGUCACAUUGUAUGAUGCGGAGGAAAUGAGCGACGAUGCCAAAGCGUUCGAUUACGGCUAUCACCUCUUUGCUCAUCUCUUUGACCAGGGGUUUGCACCAGAUUUAUAUGACCGAUUGUCCGUUUCGGGGGAAAUAAUCGCUCCUCACCAGACUACGCUUCUGAAACUCCUGGACUCACAUCUGCAGUCAUCGCACUCCCCAUCGAUACACGCCCAAUUAUGUCCUAUGCUUUCUACCCGAUUUUUCGGGUUGUCGACCUAUGCCCGGCAGUCAAUUAAACGGGCUCUUGGUUCCAGCUUGUCUGAUGUGUCGGAAAGUAGAACUGAGGGACCACCGCAGGAACUUGAUUUGUUAUUACCAAAAGUCUGCGAAGCACUCGUACUAGUAACGCAGUGCAUAGUCACCAUAACGUUGUCCUCGGAAGCUGUGAGAAUGGAUAGGAUGUCGGAGGAUGACUUACAGGGUGCCUUCAAUAACGCUCGAUCGCCGAUCGAACUACUCCAGCUACUAGAUCGAUUCCUUCCCCGUAUCAAUUUUGGGAAAGCGAUGCCAACUACUUCUGUGGAAAAUGCGCCUUCGUUGCCCGCAGUAGACACGAUUGGUUUCUCUUACUUGAAACGCGAUCUUGUCCGCUUACUGGGUAUUUUGUGUCACGGGAAUAUAGCAAUCCAGAACUGUAUUAGAAUUCGGGGCGGUAUUCCUGUGAUCAUGAAUCUAUGUGUGGUUGAUGACAGAAAUCCUUACCUCCGCGAACAUGCGAUUCUUACUUUACACAAUCUACUAGAAGGGAAUGCAGAAAAUCAGGCUGUGGUCAACAGUAUCCAGCCUUCAGCAGAAUGGGAUGAAAACGGUGUACUUAGAGAAAAAGCAGGUGUUACGCGCAAAUGAGAGUGGUACAAUGUGAAAACUAGAUACAAGAAUACAACAAGAAAAUAUGGAAAUCAAUCUAAUCUUCAUCCUCGUCAUCGUCAAAGUCUAUGGCCCUUUUCUUUCGUGCGCCAGUCCCUGCUCUGCGUACCUUGUACUGCUCUUCCUCUUCUUCCUCUUCACUUUCUACAUCCAUUUCUUCUCCGCCAGCAUUAUCUUCGUCUUGGCCCGCGCCUUCGCCUGAAUUUCGGUGUUUCCGCUUACGCUCGGAUUCCUGCUGUUGGCUUAUUUUUGCGUCUAGCUGAUCCAGUGGAUCUUCUUCAGGAUCCUCUUCAUCGCGUCUUUGCCUGCGCUUGGCUUUUGCUGCUCCAGCAUAUUCCGCGUCUUCAUCGGAGUCAUCUGCCACGACGAAAUCGUCUUCUUGAUAAUCUCCGGGGCCUUUUUUCUUAUCAUCUUCCACUCUUCGCUUGGCGCCUCUAGAAGCAGCCAUGUCGUCGUCUUCCUCAGCAUAUUCUGCCUCAUGUUCGUCCUCAUCGUCAGACCAAACGUCAUGUCCGGCUCUCUUCCUGGUAUAACCAGUUCGCCUUCUACGACCUCCAAAUCCAGCAUCGUCAGCCUUCUUCUUUGAUUUCUUUGCCGAUAACUUGAUCAGCUCCAUCUUUUCCCGUUCUGGAUCCAUGGUUGGAUCGGGAGCCAUGCGCAGGCGGGCCACCUUAUUAUGUUUCUGUCCUACUGCGCGCACAAGCAUUCGAGCGUUUAUGCUGCGCCACGAGAUAUGUUAAGCCUUGUGACUUUGAUCCGGAUGCUGAUUGUUGUGAAGGCGCAAGAGAACUUUGUGACGCUUGAGAGCCUCCAAGUGACGUCCGGGCUACACCGGCAGAGGUGUCAACGGUUUGAUUGAUAUCGAAAAGUUCCUUGCCCAAGCGGAGGCUGAGGGUGCCAUCCGACCAGCGAAUAACGCGACUGUUUGAUUGCUUUUUCUGGGCGGGUAUCUUAAUAACGAGCACGUAAUAGAUAGGAAAUUUGCAUACAUCUUG